ACCACUUGCUGCCGGACCAGUAUAUGAUCGAUUGACUAUAACUAGCUAGGUGGUUUGCUAAGUGGAUACACUUAGGACGAACACAAGCACAACAAAGAGCGCGAGAUCAUAUGGCGGAGACAAUGGUUCUUCCCCUUAUCGGCCAGAUCAUCAGCAUUGCAAAGGAUCUCGCGGCGGCGGCGCGGACGGCGAAGCAGAACAGGAGCAGGUGCCAGAGGCUCGCGCGCGACGCCGAGAUGAUCGUCGAGCUGCUGGAGGAGGAGCAGAGGCGCUCCUCGGGGUCCGAGUGGGCGUCCGCCGCCGCUCACGAGAGUGCGGCGGCGAGGUUGCUGCUAUGCAGGCUGAAAGACGGCAUCGACGACGCGCUCAAGCUCGUCCAGUCCUUCGGCAGCCGCGGCCCGGUCGACCGCUUCUUCCAUGGGAGAAGCCUGGCAGGCAAGCUCGAAAAUGUUCAUGAGGAGAUCAACAGCUGCCUCAGGCUGUACCAUCUUGCCAACCGUACACUCCUGUACCAUAACAUCAAGCUAUUAGAAGAAAUAAUAUGUUCCCUGCUCCGACCGGAGGAAGGAAAGGAGUUGCGGAGGACGUUGAGCAGUCCCUCUAUCCCGUCCGACGACAAAAAAGAAGUCUUCAUGUGGUUUAUUAGUCAUUCCAAUCAAGAUAACAAGUUUCAAAUUAAGGGAAAGUUUGAAAGAAAUCAACGUGUUAAUAAUGCCAUAGAGAUACCAGCUGGAAACGUUGAAAAGCACGCGGGUCCUUAUGAUGGGAAAGGCUCCGAACUAAACAUCGUUUCACAAGAUGUAGCUACUGCUGAAAAUAAUUCAGCUACAGAAAUCGUGGAGGAACUGCGAAAGCUUGCCGAGAUGGUUAUCAAAACCAACCACGCCAUGAAGAAGUGGCUACCGCUUGUGCGAAGUGCGAAGCUGAUCCUUGACUUCAUGAACUACCUCCAAGGUCUUGGGAUGACGGCGCAGGACGUGGCGUCGCUGAACCAGCUGACCAGGCUCAAGAGGCUCCUCGGCAAUGCGUACAAUUACCUUACCAUGUACAGCCAGAGCGGCUGGACCACAAUCAGCCGCUUUGGUAGGAGCUCGAGGAGGAUAGAUGAACAGAUCACAGACGCCCAGAACAAGAUCGACCUCUACCUCGAGCAACUACCCGCUGUUAGCCAUAGCCAGAUGUCCGGUCUCCUCGGAGGCAUCCUCCGCAGUUCAGAGAGUCACGACAUGAAAAUGUUGCAGGAGCUUUUCAAGACAUUCCGGAAGACCAUGUAGGGGAGAAUGUACCUGCAGACAAGUAGAGCUCAUUCCCCUGAUGGUUUCUACUACUUUAUCUCUUUACCAAACAAAUUAAGAUAUAUCCAAUGUUUUUCUAUAUAUUCAAUAAACAGCAUCCGAUAGUCUUCUUCCGGUUGUUAGUAUUAGCUAGGUGUGGUUAGCCAGCUGGUUACUGAUCUAUAUAUACAUUGUACCAUUUUGUAUGGAUGCCUUGUUUCAAACAUGGUUGUGCUAGAGAAUAGUCAAUAUAUAUGUUACUCC